CCGGUUCGCAUCGCAAACUGAAUCGUAAGCUUGCGCGCGACGCACGUGUUUCGUUAAGUUAAUAAUAUUAUUAUUAAUAAUAUUAUAAAUAAUAAUAGCUAUUAAUAAUAUAACAGUAAUAAUGUACAAGUUUCUAGUUGUGCUCGUCGUCUACCUCGCCCUUACUGAGGCCCGUCCGAAAUGGCAAUUCCUGCCGGAGAAGCCAGGCUACGUGCCAGUCUAUAUCCAGAACGGUGACACUCCUUUGGAAGAAAUCAAUCCAGAUUUGGCCGAAGCCUUCCACGCGCUACCGGUCGGCCGAAGCGUGGGCAAGGAAGUAGAAGCUGCACCCGAAAUUCCCCAGGACUCGAAAAUCCCCGAAGACAUUCCAUCAGAAUCUGUCAUCGACCGACGCCCCUACGAGAACCAAGUCGCGAAAGGUAGCUACGAAGUAAAAACUCAGGAGCGCAGAUAGAUCAGCAUCCUGCAGAGUUGUGCACGCUAAACUGAUCUCUACUCCUGUGGAUUAAAGAUCAUUCAUGUGUGCAACAGUAAUAUUCUGCAG